UCUCUCUCUCUCUCUCUCUUCAGAAACACACAUUGACAUUAUAAAGCAAACAGGUUGAUGAGAAGUUAAGUGCCAGCUACCAGAGGCCAGAAGAGAUCAAAGAUCAACUUCACAAAUUUGAGCAUUGCAAAUUUACAUACUAUUAUGGAUGAGAAAUGGAAGCUGCCAAAGAAGCACCAAGAAGGCACUUCGUCUUCUUCUUCUUCUUCCAAGUUUGCAUUCACAAGGAGUUCAUCAACAAGAAGCCAGUCUUCAAAUGCUCCUCUUUUGAUGAGGAGCUAUUCACAGAAGAGCAAUGCCUCUAAUUCCAAGUGUCCACUUCCCAGAAGUACGUCUCAGAAAAGCUCUAAAAUCAGCAGAAAAUGUAGCAGCCUUGCCAAGGAACAGAAGGCUAGAUUCUACAUCAUGAGAAGAUGUGUUGCUAUGCUUGUUUGUUGGCAUAAGCAUGGUGAUUAAUUAAUCUUGAUGGGAUUUCCCAAAUUAAUCCAUUAUUGUGUUAGUGCUAGAAAUUAAGCUAUCUCCCUUCUUUUAUUUCAUUCAUAUAUAUAUAUAUAUAUAUAUAUCAUCUUCCUGUGUGAUGGGACUCAUAGAUGUAUCAAAUUUUCUCCCAUCUGAUCAAGAGGAGACUGAUAACACAAAAGUUCUCUAGUUUUUUAAUUUUAAUUUUUUGCUUUCCUUAA